UUGUAUAGAUGAUUUUUGUAGAACAUAUAUUCUUUUUGUUUGUAACUGUGUAUUAUUUCCUCAAGGAAACUAUUCGACCCCGUCGUUUAUUUUUCCGUAUUUAGAGGAUUUGUCGGAUUUAGGUUCUUAUGCCUGGGGAAAAGCGGUGUCCGAUUACUUGAUCGGUGAAAUGAGGGCAAAUGCAACUGGAAAGAAGACGUACGUCAAUGGUUGCACAAUCGGAUUAUUAGCUUGGUUAUAUGAAAGGGUCCCCUCUAUCGGGUCCCCGACAAGCUUGAGCCGAUUCCCUCGAUUUUUCCGGUGGGACAGCAGCAAGACAGGCCGAGAAGAGUCGAAGUUUCAAAAAGCACUAAGUGAACUUACAGCUGAAAAGGUUGUUUUGUUUAUUCCAAAAUCCGAAGAGAGCAAGUUGAUCAAUCUUCCAGCCACUUGUUUGGAUGAUUGCACUAAUAGUGGAUUUAACGGAGCAGAAGUUCUUCUCGAAGCGAGAGAUGUUGAAAUAAUAAUUUUGAAAAAGAAAAUUGAGGAGCUAGAAGCUAUUCUUCAAGCUAGAGAUCAAGAAAUAAUAAUUUUGAAGAAGAAAAUUGAGGAGCUAGAAGCUAUUCUUCAAGCUAGAGAUUAAGAACUUGGUGGUGCGAAUAAAUCUUGCAAGUAAAAUUAGUGCAGAUUGAGAGAAUAUUUGGUUAAUUGCAUUUUGUAUUUGAAACUGGGGGAAAUUAGUACUCUGCAAUUUUGUUCUUAGUACUUUGUGCUCUAUCAUGUUUUAUUAGUGCAGAUUGAGAGAAUGUUUAGUUAAUUGCAUUUUGUUUACUAAUUUUAGGUUGUAUGGUUGAGAUGCAUGUAUGGUUAUUUGUUUUGUAGUGAUUUAGUUUAUUGUUGUAUGAACUU